CCCCUAUUCGUAUCUGGCCCACCUCCUACCUCCGGAAGGGCGAGAUCGGCAGGAAAAGGGCUUUCGGACAUCUAUCGUUCCUUUGAUCGAAGUUCUCACCUUAACCAAAACCAAAUCUCUCUCUCCCCCUAGAGAAGGUCCCUCCCUUCCUCCUCGAUAUUCGAAGUAGAAGAGGCGAGGAAGGUGGGCUGGGCGAAGAAGAAGAAGAAUUGUUUUUGAGGUCUAGAGUGGAGAGAUCUAUGGGGAUGGCGAGUGAGGUCCAAGAAGCAAGAUCGACCCGGAUCUGAUCCCCGGAACCCUAAUUCAUGGCGGGCGCCGUCUCCGCGCUGUUCCUUCUCGACAUCAAGGGCCGGGUCCUCGUGUGGCGGGACUACCGCGGCGACGUCUCUGCCCUCCAGGCCGAGCGCUUCUUCACCAAGCUCAUCGAGAAAGAGGGGGAUCCAGAGUCCCACUCUCCGGUGGCGUACGAUAAUGGAGUGACGUACAUGUUCAUACAGCACAACAAUGUGUUCCUUAUGACAGCCGCGAGGCAGAACUGCAAUGCCGCCAGCAUUCUUCUGUUUCUGCACCGUGUUGUUGAUGUGUUUAAACAUUAUUUUGAAGAGUUGGAGGAGGAAUCAUUAAGAGAUAAUUUUGUUGUCGUGUAUGAGUUACUUGAUGAAAUGAUGGACUUUGGGUACCCACAGUACACAGAAGCUAAAAUUCUUAGUGAGUUUAUAAAGACAGAUGCAUACAGGAUGGAAGUUACACAGAGGCCUCCAAUGGCUGUGACAAAUGCAGUGUCUUGGCGUAGUGAAGGGAUACGGUACAAGAAAAAUGAAGUGUUCUUGGAUGUGGUAGAAAGUGUAAAUAUUCUUGUCAACAGCAAUGGACAAAUUAUUCGCUCGGAUGUAGUUGGGGCAUUGAAAAUGAGAACAUAUCUGAGUGGAAUGCCCGAGUGUAAGCUUGGGCUAAAUGACAGGGUACUUUUGGAAGCUCAAGGUCGAGCAACAAAGGGGAAAGCCAUAGAUCUGGAUGAUAUCAAGUUCCAUCAGUGUGUUCGUUUGGCUCGAUUUGAGAACGACAGAACUAUCUCCUUCAUACCACCUGAUGGGUCUUUUGAUCUGAUGACGUACAGACUGAGUACUCAGGUAAAACCUUUGAUUUGGGUAGAAGCUCAAGUUGAGAGGCAUUCACGAAGUCGUAUAGAGAUCAUGGUGAAGGCAAGAAGUCAGUUCAAGGAGCGAAGCACUGCGACAAAUGUAGAAAUUGAGCUGCCUGUACCUUCAGAUGCUACCAAUCCUAACGUGCGGACUUCCAUGGGUUCUGCUGCAUAUGCACCUGAAAAUGAUGCACUGGUCUGGAAAAUAAAAUCUUUUCCUGGUGGCAAGGAGUAUAUGUUGAGGGCAGAAUUUAGCCUUCCCAGUAUUACUGCAGAAGAGGCCACUCCUGAGAAAAAAGCGCCUAUACGUGUGAAGUUUGAGAUUCCAUAUUUUACUGUAUCUGGAAUACAGGUCCGGUACCUGAAGAUCAUUGAGAAGAGUGGAUACCAGGCCCUUCCAUGGGUUCGAUACAUCACAAUGGCUGGCGAGUAUGAACUGAGACUUAUCUAGUUCAUUGUUGAGCGCUUCUCUGUUGAUUACCAGCAUACACGGCUUGAGGAUUUCAGAGUACACUGCAAGUUUUAGAGGAGCUUGGGCGGACUCGUCAAUUCAUCCUUGGCAUGUGAAUUAUAAAGCUCGACCAAACGGCUGUCUCAUCUUCUUCCUUAUCCUGUGAUACAUGGACAUUUUGUAAGGGCAUGAUGCUUAUCCAAAGAGUAUUUUUUUUUUUUUGUGCAAUUUUUCAGAUAAUCCUGAGUUUGUUAAGUAAUUGCGUGAUGGCCUCUGUUAUCUGAUGUCUAUCAUGAAUUGAUAACAGAACUUAUGUUGGAAUCAUAUAUCUGAUAUUUCUUUGGUUAAUUAAGGGUAUCCCGUGAUAUAUUAAAUAGGAAA